AAUUGCUGAGUUGGAUGCGUCCACUUCGAUACUAAUGGACGCAUUAGUAUCCUGAUGUGCCAGUAUGGUUGUCUUGCGCUAAGUCCCUUAACUAUAGAGAAUGCUUUUCGCACAGUGUCGUCCAGAUCAAUGAAUUUCGCAUUUCCACGAAGUUGGUCGGUUAGCGCGCUACGAAGGGGACGUUACUUUUUGGCUAUGGCCUACAGUUUUUCUUUUUCUAGGAUUCUCACUAAGCUGGAUGGAUUAUCUUUUCUUGGAAUUACGGAAAAUAACUCAAUUCUGAUUUGUUCAUGUUUAGGCUGCAAAUUCUAUGCUAUACGAUAAGAUCUUAAAAGGAAACUAAACUUAUUCUUAAGGACUAAGGAUAACAUAUUAUUAUGAUUUACCAAAUUCUUUUUCCCCCCUCUAUUAUCGUUCAUAUACCUAGGUUCUUGCCUGGAGGUAUUGGUGAUCCACUGCUACCAGGCACGGAAGCCCGUUAAGCGAAAGCUUCUUCUAUUCCGUCCUCAACCAUUUGAAUCUUAGUUUUAACUUAUUGAUGGUAUAUAUGAUCAUAUUCAUACAAUAACUCAUAAUCAAAUAAUUGUAUAUCCAUUUUAGCUAUACGUUAUAACCUUCCUCUGUUAUUCCAAAAACCGUAUAUAAUAAUAUUCGGCGGGGAAUAUAAUUUCAUAUUUGUAUUCUAUUCAUUAUAUCGUGUUUGGAUGCUACAACACACGUACUUUAUAUGUUUACAGGAUCUAUUCGGAUCUCUACCUAAUAUCUAGAAGUAUAUAUAAUCGUGUAUGACAAAGCACUGUACUCACUAUUCCGUAUACUUUCAUUAAAAUCGUAUUUGGAUACUAUAACUCAAUUUCCGGAAUCACCUGUUCAAUUCGAUUUCGCGCACACUGCUCUUCAUCGUCCCAGCACAAAGGGUACCUAUACACAAUCUUACCAAAGUCUGCUUGUUAACGUUCAUCAGUGUAUAUGUCUGAAAUAUCAGGUUUUGCAAAUGGAGGCCGCAAAAUCUCUCACAUAUGCCGCCGAAAACACUAUCUGCCCAACACUAUUGUUGCGAAGUCACUCAAAUCCAACCCCUAGUGUAUGUGAAUGCGGGUCAUGCUUUCAUGAAGAAAUCCCUGUUAAUGUGUUACCUAAUAAAUUCUUCACUGCUAAACCUGGAAAACUAGUAUCUGCCAUCAAUACGUUAGUCGAAAAUAUCUGUAAACAAAUAGUUGGCUCCAACAACCCUAUCCACUAUACUUUUAACAAAAUGAGUAAGAUGACGUGCAGUUCAGUUGAAGACAAGCAGUAUUGGUGGAAUAACAUAUUGUUCUUACAAGGCGAAAAGUCGGAGUCCUUAACACCAUUUACGCUUAUUCUUCGAGCGUUAAUCCGCUUCGAAGACCUCUAUGCUAAUAGUCGAAGAAACUGUUUGACCGAAAUCAUUAAUAUUUGUCGUUCGUGUGAUCAUAAAAAAAGACUAGACUAUAGAUCAACUCGUUUAAAAUUUUAUGUUGGAUUGAGUUCAUACGUCAACAGUAUCGAUAUGUUUUGUUGGUCUCCUGGUUCACGAGAUAUUGCCUUUGAAUAUGUUCUAGCUUGGAGUAAUCUACUCAUAAAUGAAACUGGUUCACAAGAUGUCGGCCGUAGUAAUCUUGCUCCAGAAUCAUUUGGUGUGAUUGAGAAUUGGGCCGAAUAUUUAUCAACGGGAAAAUUAAGUUCAAAAUCUUCUAGAUUUAUUCAAGUAGAACCAGAACAUCCUAGCUUCUUUCAUGAGCUCGAUUCAUCUAAUGUUUCUGAAAAUCCUAUACAUCUUGCUACAAAAGAGAUCGUUAUAGCUAAAAAUCCUGAAGCAAAAACUAUUAAUUCUCAUAUUAAUUCUAGGCAUAGAUCGGUAACUUUAAUUAUCGAUACUGGUGAAUCGUGUACUGUAGAAGAAAAAUUGAUGAAUACAAAUCCUGAGUUGUACAAAUUGAGCAAAGUGUGGGAAUCUGUUGUUGCUAAACAACUAGAAAAUGUAAACAAUACAAUUGUAUACAAAAUUGGCGAACCACUUGAUUCAUUGAUCACAUCAAUUACCAAGUAUUGGGGACAUAAUCGAUGUACAAUAUGUUCAGAAAGUAAUUAAUAUGAAAGUUAAUUCAGUUUCCCUUUUUAUUAUCUAUUCAAUGUCUAAUAUUUUUUUAAGCCUUCCCCAACCAAAGUUAACUUAAACAAUACCAGUGAUUAUCUGACUGAUGUUAAGUAUUUUCUUUACUAAGAUUAAUGCAUAGUUUUGUAUUUUGCUAUUUUAUUUAUCAAGGGGAGUUACAUUUCUCAGGAAAUAAAUUUUGUUUUUACAAAUAUAUAC